AUGAUCCUUCCACUCCUCCUCAGUCUUCAGCCUUCAAAAAUUGCAUUGACAAUCUCUCUGAUGAAGCUCCUUCAACAGAACCAUGUUGAGGAAUUUAAUUGCAUGGGCAUCCCAUUGAAUCAGAUCACUGAGGAUACCACAGAUGACAAGGAGCUGUGA